GGCAUACCUGUGUCAUUUGCAUCCGUGACGUUGUAGGUUUCACCGGUGGGGGGCGCCUGAUUUGAAUUUAGUCUCAAGUGAGAUGCAUAAAACAGGUAAGAUGAGAGUCGACGCCACUUCUGCUUCGUUUGUCAUCAGCUUUGAGGUAUUCACAGCAGUGUAAAAUGGGUUCCAAACUCGAGAGUGCAAUGGAGGGGCUAAUUCAAGUGUUCCACUCAUAUUCCUCAAAAGAAGGGGACAAGUACAAGCUGAGCAAAGUUGAGCUGAAGAAUCUAUUGCAGGGUGAACUGAGUGAAUUCCUGGCGGCAUGCAAGGACCCUAUGGUUGUAGAUAAGAUCAUGAGUGAUCUGGAUGAAGACAAAGAUGGCGAAGUGGACUUUAAGGAGUUUGUCGUCUUGGUUGUUGUGCUGACAGUGGCCUGUAACGAGUUCUUUGUAGAGGGCCUGAAUGAAUGAGUUGGGGGGGGGCGGUCUGUGACCAAAUUUCUACUCAUUAUUCCUUGUUAAUAAAACAAACGUAUGCUGUCAUUUGAUUGAAAUGACUCUCUCCUUGACAAAAAGGCAAAUGUUUGAAUAUUCUUGUCACAUAAUGGUCAUUUCUAACAAAGGCUCUUUUCACUGUUGUAAAAUGAUUGCUUCUGGAGAGAAUCCUGCAAUGGACUGUGCAGUUUCAGUGUACUAUUGCACUAGUAGUUAACAUUCUGCUCAGAUCAAUGAAGGUGAUCAUUGCUCUUUCUAAAUGUUACUCAGCUCAUUUGACUUGAAUGCGUGUUACUGGUACAUGUCUUUUACAUGAACUCUGGGCAGUAUGAAUCAAUUGUCUCGGAGUAGGAGUGCUGAUUUAGGAUCAGUUUUGCUUUUUUGAUCUGUGAAUAAGAUUACAUGGACGGUAGGGACUUGAUCAUAAAAAAGCACUUAUACUGAGAUUCUUCAUAUGGCCCCUGGUCUGCCACCUAUGCUUAAACAUGGCAAACCGCACCCAACAUUUUAGGGAAGGCUUUGUACUGAAAUGCACAACACUUUUAGCCAAACAUGGUUCUAAACUAACUUCCAAAGUGACUUCCCCUCAGGUGUGCACUGCAAAGCUCCAGAGAGGAAGGGGGGAAAAAAAACAAUUUCCCACACAGACUGGCUGCAUCCUAAGUUUCCCCAAUCUUAAUGAAAUGCAAAGCUUGAUUUAAAUCCAUGUAAAAGAUUGCUUUAGAGCCUGUUUGCGGCAACAGAACACUGCAGUCUCUGACAACUUAAUACUGGAGUCUGGAUGCUUCAGCCAUUUGCGUUGAACACUUCCUGUAACUUAAAAUAUGAGCGUGCACUGAGCAACAUGUCAGGGUUUCAUGUAUGACUGCUGCUGUGAGAAAUUUGCCACCUUAAACUAUUUCAAGCAGCCUUCAAAACUAGUAAGACUACUAGAAACAGGCUUUGGAAA